AUGGCCAUGGCUCAGAGUGGUCUUGACGUUUGGGUAGAGGAGCAUAAAACGAAACUCAACCCAAAGAAAUGCAAGGUUUUACAUGUCACUAGUAUGAGACAGAGUGAUUUGAGAUGGGACAGUCAAGUGGAUCACAUGUUGACCUCGGCCAACAAAAAGCUUUUUGUAUUCCGUCGGUUAAAGAAAUGUGGUGUCCAAAACCCUGAUCUGGUUACCAUCAUACAGGAUAUGUGCACCCUGUGCUGGAUGCACUCAGCUGAGAGACGAAUUCAACAGGGUCUUGACUUUGCCAGAAAGCUAUUCAAGUCUGGUUUCAGAGACUGGCUACCCCCUUCAGGGAGGAACUUACAGGUCACCAGACAAUUCCAAGAUGUCGAACUGGGUGAUAUCGGACACCCAUUCCCUGUGGUGAGCAGCCACUUAAAUUCUCCUGCAUGUGUGAGGAACAUUCACUGCACUGCAGCAUGUUUAAAGAACCGUGCAGCCCGUAUUCGAGUGGGCAAAGGAGACAGGCCAUUGACUUACGAGCAGUCAUAUCACCCCCAUCACAUCGGUCACAGGAAGGGCUGGCUCUCCCAACACACCAGCAAUCUUCAAGGUGAAGAUGGAGCGGCAGAGCGGAUAGUGGAAGACGUCUUCAUCAGGCGCUUCAUGUACGGCACAUUUCAUGGCUGUUUAGCUGAUGAACUGGUGAUCAAACGCAGAGGAAACAUUCUUGUCAUUUGCGCUGUGAUGAUACAGAAGCUCUUACCAACGAAACUUUAUUUUCUCAUCGGGUACACUGAGGAACUGCUGUCUCAUUUCUACAAGUGUCCGGUUAAAAUGGAGGUCCAGACGGUGGAAGAUAAAGUCGUCUACAAAUAUCUCUAAAUAGACAAUGUGCUUGCGAAGCACAAGAAAAUGAAGUUUAUGUUGAAAACUGUCCAGAGAAUAAACAAUGAAUACCGUUAACAUGUUUGAAUAGAAGCAUCCUACAUUGUGUAUUUCUGUAAAGACUAAAACAGGAGGAACAUGUUUUGUUGUAAAUUACAAUAUAAAAUGUUUAAAUUCAUGAAAAAACUUUAUAUAUAUAUA